CCACUUCUCCAAUGGAGUGUGACGUCACCACGUGUCUCCUGUCGGGACUGUACUUAACGACUGCUGUUCAGUGCAGAUUAUCUCGGUCAAAUAAAUAACUGUCCCGAGGACCGACUCGAGUCAGCUCGACAGCGGGGAAGAUCUGAUCUCUGUCGGUGCUGAAGGGGUUUCCUCAAACUUACUCGUCAAUGUAGUCCAACAACACUCGGGACGUCGGGAAGUAAAUAGAGAUCUCGACAGUUAGCGCGCGAGCUGCUAGCGCGAGCGUCUUAAAGUGAAGUAAACGGAGUAAAAGCGGAGUAAAGAUGGAGUUAGAGGACGGUGUCCUGUACCAGGAGGACCCGGGCACCUCGGCGAUGAUGUCCGAGCGGGUGUCCGGCUUGGCGAGCUCCAUCUACCGCGAGUUCGAGCGGAUGAUCGGCAAGUACGACGAGGACGUGGUGAAGGAGCUGAUGCCGCUGGUCGUGGCGGUUCUGGAGAACUUGGACUCGGUGUUCGCGGUGAACCAGGAGCACGAGGUGGAGCUGGAGCUGCUGAAAGAGGACAACGAGCAGCUCAUGACCCAGUACGAGCGCGAGAAAGCGCUGAGGAAGAGCGCGGAAGAGAGAUAUAUUGAGUAUGAGGACUUGCAAGAGCAAGACAAGAAGGAUCUACAGACCCGUGUGCAGCUUCUGGAGGCUCAAACCAGACAGAUGGAGCUCAAGACCAAGAACUACGCGGAUCAGAUUGGAAGAUUAGAAGAACGUGAAGCCGAGCUGAAGAAAGAGUACAACGGCCUCCAUCAGAGACACACAGAGAUGAUCCACAGUUACAUGGAGCACUUGGAACGUACCAAAUACCAGCAGCUGACGGGGGAGACGGCAGACACUGGCAGUCAGAGCAGAAUCAGGAAGGAGCGUCCCGUCUCUCUGGGUAUUUUUUCAUUGCCGGGAAGCGAUGCGAUGACCCCCGACCUGCAUCGGGAAGCUGUGGAGACUCCAGGGACGGACACAUGGAGAUAUAACAAUCUCAGCCACCCUCGCUCCAACACCAGCCUCAAGCUGGAGGCGGAUGGUAAGAGUUCACAGGAGAAUUUGGAAACCCAUUGGACCGACUCCAGUAAGGAUGAACUGUCUGACGCUGGAAGGGGUCAGUCCAAAUCCGGCACGGCAUCAGAUGUGGUCAUGGCGUCGGUGGAGGAGGCCGAAGGUUUGGACAAGAACCUGGACUCCAGCAGCGCUAAACCAGACAGCAGGAAGAACAUCGGCGUACAGAAGGGUGUGGCAGCAGAGACGCCACCUACAGGAGCCGAUCAGAGUGAGAAUGCCGAGCGAUCGGAGGUCCAGGCGAUCAUCGAGUCCACACCGGAGCUGGACAUGGACCUGAGUGGAUGCAAAGCCACCAGCACUCCCACUAAAGGCAUAGAGAACAUGGCGUUCGACCGCAACACUGACUCUCUCUUUGAGGAGCUCUCGUCUGCAGGAAAUGACCUCAUAGGAGACGUGGAUGAAGGUGCUGAUCUGCUGGACGAGUACUCUGGUAUGGGGCGUGAAGUGGAACAUCUGAUCCAUGAGAACACUCAGCUUCUGGAGACGAAGAACGCUCUGAAUGUGGUGAAGAAUGAUCUGAUCGCUCGUGUGGAUGAGCUGGUGUGUGAGAAAGACGUUCUUCAGGGAGAGCUGGAGGUCCUGAAACAGACCAAAGACAAGCUGGAGGAGCGGAACAGAGAGCUGGAGGAGGAGCUCAAGCGAGUCCGAGCCGAGGUGGAGGAAGCCAAACUGAAGACAAAAGAGGACGAUGAUAGCGACGUGCCCACAGCCCAGAGGAAGCGCUUCACGCGGGUGGAGAUGGCUCGAGUCCUGAUGGAGAGGAACCAGUAUAAAGAGAGGCUGAUGGAGCUGCAGGAGGCCGUCAGGUGGACGGAGAUGAUACGAGCGUCAAGAGAGAAUCCAGCCUUGACGGAGAAGAAAAAGUCCAGUAUCUGGCAGUUGAUUUUCAGCAGGCUCUUCAGCUCUUCGUCCGGCGCCACAGCCAAGAAACCCGACGCGCCGGUUAACCUGAAGUACAACGCUCCCACCUCACACGUGGUCCCGUCGGUGAAGAAGCGGAGCAGCACGCUCGCUCAGCUGCCCAGUGACAAAUCCAAAGCCUUCGACUUCCUCAAUGAGGAGGCGGAGGUGGAGAGCGUGGUGUCGCGCAGAGAGCAGAAGAGAGCUCAGUACAGACAGGUGAAGGAUCACGUGCAGAAAGAGGACGGCAGGAUGCAGGCGUACGGAUGGAGUUUACCUCCAAAAUACAAGGUUUCCAAUGGUGGACAAGCAGAGAGCAAGAUAAAGAAUCUGCCCGUGCCCGUCUACCUGCGGCCUUUAGAUGAGAAAGAUGCUUCCAUGAAGCUGUGGUGCGCUGCAGGAGUGAAUCUGUCCGGCGGUAAGACACGAGACGGAGGCUCCAUUGUGGGAGCGAGUGUGUUUUAUAAAGACGUGUCUGGAGGCGAGAGCGACCGCGUCGGCCCCAGGAGGAAGAGAGGCUCUCAGAGCAGCCUGGACCGACUGGAGCAGGAACUGAAGGAGCAGGAGAAGGAACUGAGGCAUCAGGAUGAACUCUCCAGCCUGGUGUGGAUCUGCACCACCACACACGCCACCUCCAAGGUCAUAGUCAUUGACGCCAACCAGCCCGGAAACAUCCUGGAGAGCUUCUUCGUGUGUAACUCUCACGUGCUGUGCAUCGCUAGCGUUCCAGGCGCUCGUGAGACGGACUACCCCGCUGGAGAGGAGCUGAUCGCAGACGGUGAGGGUGAAGGGGCGUCUAAAGUCAGCUGUGCAGCCGGCGGAGCCUCUGCGGGAUCUGACGGGGGGCCGGAUGGCAUCACGGUAGUGGGCUGCUCUGCAGAAGGACCCGUGGCGAUCCCUCAAACCGUCUGCACCAACUCCAUAGAAUCCUCUAACUUUGAUGAGGUUUUGGGGCAGCGCAGGCAGGACGCAGUGACGGCAGCAGAAGAAGCUCUGGAGGCCACGGAAAGCACCAGCAACACGCCUGCGGAUGAGAGCCAGACCGGGAUCUACACCGAACACGUGUUCACCGACCCGCUGGGAGUGCAGAACAGCAGAGACACGCCGUCCAACUACACUCAGAGGGAGUGUGAUCUGGUGAAGGAUGGCGUCAGCUCAGCGCCUGAGGAGCAGGAUCUCAUGAGAGAGGAAGCCAGCAAGAUGAGCAGCGUUCUGCCUACAAUGUGGCUCGGAGCCCAGAACGGAUGCGUGUACGUUCACUCGGCUGUAGCGCAGUGGAGGAAGUGCCUUCACUCCAUCAAGCUGAAGGAUUCCGUCCUGGGGAUUGUUCAUGUGAAAGGACGUGUUCUGGUGGCUUUGGCUGAUGGCACGCUUGCAAUCUUCCACAGAGGUGUUGACGGCCAAUGGGAUUUGACCAACUAUCACCUGUUAGAUCUGGGCCGUCCGCAUCACUCGAUCCGCUGUAUGACUGUCGUGCAUGACAAGGUCUGGUGCGGAUACAGGAACAAGAUCUUUGUGGUUCAGCCUAAAGCCAUGAAGAUAGAGAAAUCGUUCGACGCCCAUCCUCGUAAGGAGAGCCAGGUGAGACAGCUGGCGUGGGACGGAGACGGCAUCUGGGUGUCCAUUCGUCUGGACUCGACCCUCAGACUGUUCCACGCGCACACAUACCAGCACCUGCAGGACGUCGACAUCGAGCCGUACGUCAGCAAGAUGCUGGGCACCGGUAAACUGGGCUUCUCUUUCGUGAGGAUCACCGCGCUGACGGUGUCGUGCAAGCGUUUGUGGGUCGGUACCGGAAACGGCGUCAUCAUCUCCAUCCCUCUGUCAGAGAAAAGUAAAGAUGCAGCAGCAGCGUCAAAUCGGCCAGGCAGCGCGGUCCGCGUCUACGGCGACGAGAGCAGUGAUAAAGUCACGGCGGGCACCUUUGUGCCCUUCUGCUCCAUGGCACACGCCCAGCUGUGUUUCCACGGGCACAGAGACGCCGUCAAGUUCUUCACCGCCGUCCCAGGACAGGUGGUUCCGUCUGCAGGUGCCGAGGCGACCGCUGAUGAGUCGCCCACGCCAGAGCUGGUGCGGUCUGUGCUGGUCAUGAGCGGAGGAGAGGGUUACAUCGACUUCAGGAUGGGCGAUGAAGCAGGAGACACAGAAAACAUGGAUGAACCCACUCUGAAGCUGCAGCCCUUCCUGGCCCGAGCCGAGCGCAGUCACCUGAUCGUGUGGCAGGUCAUGGCCAAUGAGGAGUGACGUGUGACGCUCUGGACCUUUUUCCCUCAGUUCUGCUUUAUUUAAGAUGUUUUAAGCAUUGGCUUAUAGUAUUUCUCUCCUGCAAACCAUGAUUAUCAGCGAAGAAUGAAGUGUUCUGUGUGUUUGUGCUUCACAAUGAAUGAAUGAAUGAAGGGUUUCUGGAGAACUCGAGCUUCUGCGUUCAGCGUAAACCGUUUAUUUGUGGGAUCUCCGCAGAUUGAAAGCAAUAUCCUCACAUGAACGUCACCAAAGGAUCAGAAAGUUGAUCUUCCACCGCGGCCACGUCUGUGUUUCGCUCGUCCGCCGUCUUUUUUAACACUAGAGCAGUUUUCCGAGGAAAGCGAGCGUGUAGAUAAACGUGCAGAGACAGAGGCAUAUUUUUAUGAGACUUUUGUACGCGUCUUUUAGAUCUGCCGUUGUGCUUGCGUCGGUCUGCAGUUGUUGGUCCUCUCCAGGAGAGCAGAAACAACUUCCUGUCGCAAACUAGCCGUUGCAGUAUUUAUUUCUGUGAACCAGCCUUUGCAGUUCAGAAUGUAACUCUGUACAUUGAAUAUAAAUAUAUAAAAAUACAAAUAUGUAUAUGAAACGUAGACUGCUUGAUUUGAUUAUUUUUUUAAAGGUGAUUGAUGAUGUAAAUGAGGUUGAUUGAUUGGAUGAUCUACGGAAAUGUUCCUUCAAUGAGCUAUGCACUGUUUUAUAACGGACCGCAGGGGUGUGUGUGUGUGUGUCGUGCGUAGAGGAGUGUGUUAUGCCGUCCCAUAAUCCUCCAGGUUUGUGAGAAUGACAUCAGCGUUACCCAGUGUCCAUCCUUCUCAUUUUAGCCUUAAUCUAUUAAACUGACGUUUUUGGGGAGCUUGCUGUGUUUUAUUAUUAUGAAGAUGAUUUAUAGAUGCACUUAAAAGUUUGACCAAAAAAAUCAAAUAAGAAACUGUUAAUAAAGCAAAGAAACAUCAAGUAAAUCA